GUACUUAAAUUCCGGUAAGAGGUAUCUGUAUAUUUCAUCAUUCAAAACUCACAAUUUCUCACAUCAAUCUCCCGCUGUCUGUCCGUCCUUUGGGUGAAUUAAUUGUACAUGAAUUGGUGCAAUUUGAGAAACCAAAGAGUCUGGACUGCUGAGCACUCUCCAAAAUUUCUUGAUUCUUUUAUAAAAAAGAGCAACUAUCCUCUAAUAUCAGAGGAAGAAAGACAGCUAGACGAUGAGUUUUCGAGAAGGAGAGUACGUGAACGUGUGGAAAAUGAUGAUGAUGAAGUUUCAAAUAUUUAUCAACGUGAUGAUACUACACCUAACAAACGUCAACGUAAGGAACUCAAAAUCGGAGAAGAUGAAAAACUUGAGGAAUGUAUAACGCAAUGGUCAUCUACCAUUAGUAUGACGAAUGAGGAAACAGAACAUAGGAUGCUAUAUCUUAAAGAAAAGCUUGCAUACAUCCAAGAAAAAUUAUCUAAUCACGAGGGCACUUAUGAAGUCACUAGUCUAGACCCUUAUUCAUAUAUGGAGUGUUUGAACAUAUUACACAACAUGGAAGGAGUGUCUAAUGAAGUUUAUAUGAAAACAAUAAAGGCAUUUAAAGAUUCAAAUUUCAGGAUAACAUUUGUGAUGAUGCCAAAAAUUAGGAGAGGACCUAUCUUGGAACUUCUUUGACUUGCCUAAUUGGUUAGCUUGAGUAUUUUGACCUUAUAAUGUAGGGCUGUGUUCUUUUCAUAUAUUGAUUAUGAACUUUGUAAUUCUCAAAAUUUACUACUAGUUUUAUUUUAAUCAAUGUAUUGAAUUUCGAUAUUUACAUUUGUUGGAGUAUUAUUAUAAAUGAUUAUAGUAAA